AUGAGCGAAAAAUUUGUCCAUACUCCCCCAAAUUCUAUUGAGCCCGGCAUCGAACGUUUAGACAACAACAUCAACGUGGACGAAACUACCAAGUUUAUCCUAUUCAGCCACGAACUUCCAAGCGGUGAUGUCAAGGAUUUGUUUCGCAGGCUCCAUAGAUAUGCUAAGUUGCCUCGAUAUUCUCAGCUUGCCCGCUUUUUGCAAGAGUGCGCUGCGGUCCUGAAGCAAGAAGUCCAGAAGCUGCCACGGCCACUGCGUGACCAAGUUCCGCCUUUUCACGAUGUUGUUACGCUUGCGUCCCACUGGGAGAAGCUCAAGGGUAGUUCUCUUUGUGGCACUUGGGAGGGUGCUUUCCUCUGCAUCUACGAAAUUGCAAUGCUUAUUGGAUACCAUGAAGCACAUAACAUUCCAUACUCUAAUGGAACAGAAGACAAUAUCGGCAAAACCUGCUUGGCAGGCAUCAGCGUUGGCCUCUUCCCAGCCGCGGCAGUAGCCGUAUCUGCUUCUCUCAUAGACCUUGUCUAUUAUGGAGUUGAGAGUGUGCGAAUGGCUGUUGCCUUUUGCGUUCAUGUGGGCCGGAUUUCACAGUUCCUUGAGCCAACAGAGCCUACAGAGCUAGCAAAAUCACCUGUUAGCUGGGCAUCCGUGGUGAUUGGCGUGCCAGCUGAAGUAGUUCAGGCGGAAUUGGAUCACUUUAAUGGUCAAGAGGAGUUGAGCGAUGUUGGAGCGAAAACAAUGCCUCUAACUAAGAUCAGCAUUAGCCAUGUUGACCAAGCUUCAGUUGGCAUCACGGGCCCUCCUGCUCGCCUUGAGAAAAUCUUCUCCCAGUCUGAGAUACUCGGCUCAUCGCGCCACUCAGCACUGCCUAUCUCAGGUGGUCUCUGCCAUGUUUCCAAUGUCUAUGAUCUCAACGAUGUCUGUUCCAUCCUCAAGGCAGCGGAAGUUUGGCAGAGAUGGGGUUCACGUUCCGUCCAGCUGCCUCUACUUUCACCAUACACAGGAGCACCAUUUCCGGCUUCAGAUGCAUACCAUCUGAUAGAAGCUAUUUGCACUGAAGCUUUAACUAAGCCGCUGUAUUUUGACAAGCUGUCGGAUGGUGUGGUGAUGCAGCUUUUGCAUAAACAGGAGCUAGCUAUAUCUUCAUUCCAAGUCUUUCACUACAGGACAUCGCUCAUAUCGGACACAAUCAUAUCUGAUGUCACAGAUAAACUCUCUAUCGUUAGUGUGCAGCGAGAGGACCUGGUGGAUUGGGUGAUGCAAGACGAGUGCACAUUUGAUCAACCACAUGGUAUCUCAAGUGCGCCACACAACUCGAAGCUGGCCAUUGUUGGAAUGGCAUGUCGCAUGCCAGGCGGAGCUGAUAGUCCUCAGGAGUUCUGGAAACUCCUAAUCAAUGGUGUGGAUACACAUACCAUUGUUCCCCCGGAUAGAUUCGAUGUCGAAGCCCACUUUGACCCUACCGACGAGAUGGAGAACAGUAUCGGGACGAAAUUUGGCAAUUUCAUAGCAAAUCCCGGACACUUCGACGCCGGAUUCUUCAAUAUGUCCCCGCGUGAGGCUGAACAAACGGACCCGAUGCAACGACUAGCACUUGUCACGGCAUAUGAAGCUCUCGAAAUGUCCGGCUUCGUACCGAAUCGGACGCCUUCAUCUCAUGUAUCACGGGUAGGAACCUAUUACGGUCAAGCUAGUGAUGACUAUCGUGAGGUAAACGCAAGCCAGAAUAUUGGCACCUAUGGGAUUCCUGGUACUGAACGUGGUUUCGGAAAUGGCCGAAUCAACUACUUCUUCAAAUUCCAAGGCCCCAGCUUCAACAUCGACACGGCAUGCUCGAGUGGCUUGGCUGCAGUUCACGCGGCUUGCUCGGCGCUGUGGGCUGGCGAUGUCGAUACGGCAAUAGCCGGAGGUCUCAAUGUUAUUACCAAUCCAGAUAUUUACUGUAUGCUAAACAAGGGGCAUUUUUUGUCCAAGACGGGCCAGUGUAAGGUGUGGGAUGCUGGAGCCGAUGGGUAUUGUCGUGGAGACGGCGUCGGCUCUGUAGUCAUCAAACGGCUUGAGGAUGCCCUUGCAGACAACGACAAAAUUCUGGCGACUAUAAUAUCCGGUGCUACAAAUCAUUCAGCAGAGAGCAUUUCUAUAACUCAGCCGCAUGCAGGCGCUCAGAAAGACAACUACCGCCAGGUGUUAGACAGUGCAGGUGUUAACCCCCUGGAUGUUAGCUAUGUUGAGCUACACGGCACGGGAACCCAGGUUGGGGAUGCUGUUGAGUCUGAAUCAGUGCUCGAUUUCUUCGCGCCUCUGGGUCAACGCCGACGCUCUGAGCAACGUCUGCAUUUAGGCGCAGUUAAAUCCAAUAUUGGACAUGGUGAAGCUGCUGCAGGAAUUGCCUCAUUGAUAAAGGUUCUGCUGAUGUACCAGCAUAGUGCGAUUCCGCGUCACGUUGGCAUCAAGACGACCAUGAAUCCAGUCGUGGCUCACCACUUGGCUAAUCGAAACGCUGGAAUCAUGUCUGAAAACAGCCCCUGGCUUCCGAAGUCAAAUAAUACAAAGCGCUACUCUGUUGUAAACAGCUUUGGUGCUCAUGGCGGAAACACGACGCUAUUGCUUGAAGAUGCACCGUUGGCACGCGCUGAAGGAGACAAUCGUGAGGUUUUGUCAGAGGCGGCAACCCACCAAGUAGUUUGCAUCUCGGCUAAAAGCAAAGCCUCGCUUCGGGGUAACAUCAGCGCUUUGCUCCGCCAUCUAGAUGCUCACCAGGAGACAGAACUGAAGGACAUCUCCUAUACGACGUGUGCUAGAAGAAUCCACCAUCACAUCCGUAUUGCAGUUUCAGUUCCCAACACUGUCCGGCUCCGCGAGUUUCUCGAAGCUGCUGCUGAAAAUGUUGAUGCACACGCAAAACAUGUCUCCACAGCCAAGAAGAGGGCUGCAGUGUUUGCCUUCUCAGGUCAAGGUUGCUUUUACCAGGGCGCUGCCGAACAAUUGUUCCAACAUGCACCCCUUUUCCGUGACCAGAUUCUCCAGCUGGAUCGGAUUGUCUGCCAGCUGGGAUAUCCCUCUGUACUUGCUACUAUUGUCGGUGAUGCUGCAAAUCUUAAUGCUGACGGCAAUUCAAACAACUCGUCUAGCGUUGGUAGUGAGACAGGGUAUGAGACGCCGACGUCAACUGACGACUCUAGUACAGUCGCUCCGCCAGUAACAGUCGAGAGCCCAUUAGUCGUUCAACUCGCCUUGGUGGUCUUACAGAUCGCCUUGACACAGUAUUGGAGACUGCUUGGUAUUAAGCCCGACAUCGUUAUCGGACAUAGCCUGGGAGAAUAUGCUGCAUUCGUUGCGGCUGGCGUCCUAUCUGUGGCAGAUGCCCUAUAUCUGGUAGGCAAGCGAGCCAAACUCACUCUGGCAGCCUGCGAGCCUGGGAGUCAUAUCAUGCUGUCUGUCCGUGGUGCCUCGACCGAUCGUAUAGCCGAACUGUGCAGAGAGAGUGAGAACGAAUACCAUUAUGAAGUCUCGUGUAUCAAUGGGGUCACAGACAUCGUCGUUAGUGGCCUACAAGCAGACAUGGUUGCUCUGCGUGACUUGUUGCAAGAUGCUGGCCUCAAGUGUCUUCUGCUCGAUAUCCCCUUUGCCUUCCAUUCUGCACAGCUACAGCCCAUCCUCGAUGACUUUGAACGGGAAGCUAAGCGCGUCACUUUCAAAGCCCCUACCAUUCCAGUUAUCUCUCCACUGCUCGGACAAUGCGUCUCCAAGGGUCAAAUCAUCAAUGAGACCUAUCUACGGCGUGCCACACGCGAGCCUGUCAACUUUGUCACAGCGCUUGAUGCUGCUGCAGCGGAAGGCCUUGUUGAUGAUAAAACUGUUUGGAUAGAUAUAGGACUUCAUCCCGUUUGUACCUCUUUCGUGCGCAACCAUUAUGGGAAGGGGGCGACGCAAACUUUUGCAUCGCUGCGGCAGGGAGAUAACCUACUCUCUACCUUGCCAGGAAGUCUAGCAAUGCUACACUGUCUGGGUCUGCCUGUUGCGUGGAAUGAAUACUUUGCCUCAGAUGAAAAAUCUCUUCGCCUCAUUCACCUUGAACCGUAUCAAUGGAACCAGAAGAACUACUGGAUCCAAUACGAGGGUACAUGGACAUUGGAUAAAGCACAUACCGGGCUCGGAAACACUGAAAAGAACAAAGACUCACAGUGUCCGUCUUUCUUCACCUCGUCUGCGCAGCAAAUCAUUUCCCAGGAGUUUACUGAGUCUGUAGGACGGAUGACGGUCCUGUCCAACUUGGUCCACCCCGACUUGGCUGGAGCAGCUAGUGGGCAUAAAAUAAAUGGACGCAGUGUCGUGACGGGGAGUAUUUGGGUAGAUUUGACCCUCACCGUUGGCGAAUACUUGUACAAACACACGGUACCAAACGCUGACGCGCCGUUCAUGGAUGUGAGGAAUAUGAAGGUGACGGAGGCGCAAAUACUACAUGAGAACACGACUUCCGGGCCGGCGCAAUUCAUUCAAGUCGAGGGAGCCUUGGAUAUGCUACAAAGACAAACUCAAAUAAACUUGUAUACGGCAAACGCUGAUGGAACUCGAAAGUCCGACAAGGCUUUCGCCACCGCAACAGUCUUCUAUGAGAACGCUCAAGCCUGGCAGGACGAAUGGCAGAUAGCAUCGCAUCUCGUUGCUGCGCGGGCUAAUUCGAUUUGGAAAGCAGCAGCAGGCGAGGAUCUAUCAGCGAACAGUAAUGUGAGCACAUUCUCUCAGAGUGCCGCUUACCAACUCUUUGCAAACGUGGUAGACUAUGGUGAACGAUAUCGUGGCAUGCAACGUGUAGCACUAGCUGCAGACACUCAGGAGGCUACUGCGGACGUCGUUUUGGAUAUCGAUCGCCAUGGCACUUGGCAUACGCCUCCUCAUUGGAUAGACAGCGCAUUUCAGCUGGCUGGCUUCGUCAUGAAUGCCUUUGGGGUUCAAGGCACCGGAGAAACAGCUGGAUCAUCUCGCGACUUUUUCUACAUCACCCCGGGGUGGAGUCAUUUCCGGCUGGCAGAGAAGCUCCAGCCUGGCCCUGGUGUCACUUAUCGCAACUAUGUCCGCAUGUUUCCCGUCGAAGGUGAAACCGGUGCCUUUACAGGCGAUAUAUAUCUAUUGCGUGGUGAAAAGGUCGUGGGUGUGUGUGCAGGCCUCCGGUUCAACAGAGUUCCGCGCGCUUUGAUGCCCAUCAUGUUUCCAUCUGGCCAGACAGGGAAGAGUCGUAGUCAUGCCCCUGUUGCUGCUCUCACCAGCAGCAGCAUUACUUCCAGUGGCUCUGACAAAGUUAAGCCACCAGUGGCUGCAGCGCCGCAUCCGCGACGGCAAGAUCCAGCUGUCACUGCACAGUUACAGGAUCCCAUUCCACCGGCAGCACCAGUUACCCAGCAGAAGCAAAAGCAGAAACAGGCAGAUGGCGGACAAAACCCUCAAGUGGCAGCCUGUCUCCAGCUCAUUGCGGAUGAAACCGGGCUGGAAUUAGAAGAUUUGGCCGGUGAGGCCGCCUUUGCCGAGCUGGGUGUGGAUUCUUUGAUGUCGCUUGCGCUGUCUGGGAAGUUGCGGGCAGAGUUGGGUAUCGAGGUCCAGGCCUCCAUUUUCCUCGAGUGUGCUACUGUACAGGAGUUGGUCAACUGGCUGAUUAAAUAA